CCUUCAAUCUCACAUAACUUUCAUUUUCCUCUUUCCCCUCUCUCAUACAUAUUAAACUCCUUCCAUUUUUUCAUUAUCUCUAUAGUUGCUUUUGUUUCAACAAAAAUGGGAAAUUGUCUUGCUCUUUCCAAACCCAUUUCACAAUCAUAUUGUACAUCAUCAACCAUGGAAAAACUCGUUAAAGUAGCCAAAGAAGAUGGUAAAAUACUAGAAUUUAGUUCUCCAGUUUACGUCAAAGACAUCUUGACAAAUUUUCCUGGUAAUUAUGGUAUCGGUGUUUCAAAGAUCGCAACAGAAACUCUAUCACAAGAUCAUGAAUUGAAGGGUGGAAAAUUAUACUACUUGCAUCCUCAUAACAAAGAGGAAGAACCAGAAGCUGGCAUGAAGAGGGUCAAAGUUUUAAUAACGAAGCAACAGCUUCAACAGUUAGUGACCAAACAAAUAUCGUUACAAGAUUUAUUAUCAGUCGUUAAAGAAGAUGGUGUUCGUUUCAGAAGUGAUCGGAAAACAAUAUUGGACUCUAUACCUGAAGAAAAUGAGUAACACAAAUAUAUUUAUGUGUCUUUUUUUUUUUUCUUUUUUUAUUUUCUAGCUGUUUUGAUCUUUUGGUUUCUCUUCUUCCAUGUUCUGUUAUGGUUCUUUCUUUCUGUGGAAGACAUGGUAGAUGUUGUUAAGGUUUUUUUUUUCUUUUCUUAAGGACUCUUAGAAGGAAAUGAAUAAUUAAUAAUGUAAAGGCUGACAUAUAACUUAAUAUGGAAUUGUUUAUUGUGA